AUAGAAUAUCCGGUUUAACCGGACAUGCAAUAUUUGGCAUUAGCGCUGUGCUGAAAGCUAUGGCCGCAUACACUGUAUUAGCCUGCUAACUCGACGUUUACGUUUGACAGAAGCUUAAUUCCUCGAACAACGUUAUUUUUACAUUUUAUGAUAUAACAACGUGGUUAUAUCACUUCUGUCGGUACAAAAAAAUACUAACCAUGACAACGGCUUCCUGAGGUUUAGCUUUGCAAAAAUACGUUAGCUAGCCAGCUAGCUAACAAGCUGUACAAAGGAGUAACCAGUUAGCAGGGUAGCUAGGUACCUCCUUAAGAAUUGUUUUUCUGUAGUCUGGUUACUUACUAGAUAACAAAACAAGAUAGCUGGAUACGUUUCUUGCUAUUACAGAGGAAAAGCGUCUGUCGGGUAACUCUGAGCCUAAAUGCCCGAACAAGGCCCCAGGAUGAAUGGUUUUUCCCUCGGCGAACUAUGCUGGCUGUUCUGUUGCCCGCCCUGUCCCAGUCGCAUCGCGUCCAAACUAGCCUUCCUGCCUCCCGAACCCACGUACUCCGUACACACCGAUGCUAAUGGUACGAGUAGUCUGCAUCUAACUGAGCGAGCGGACUGGCAGUACUCCCAAAGAGAACUGGACGCUGUCGAGGUGUUUAACACUAGAACCAGUCGCGGAAACCGAGUGGGCUGCAUGUUCGUACGAUGCGCACCCAACAGCAGGUAUACGUUGCUAUUUUCCCACGGUAACGCAGUGGACUUGGGCCAAAUGUGCAGUUUCUACAUCGGCCUCGGUUCAAGAAUCAACUGCAACGUGUUCUCGUAUGAUUAUUCGGGCUACGGUGUCAGCAGCGGGAAACCGUCCGAGAAGAACCUGUAUGCGGACAUAGAGGCUGCCUGGCAGGUGCUAAGGAACAAGUACGGGGUGACCCCGGAGAACAUCAUCCUGUAUGGCCAGAGCAUUGGCACGGUGCCCACGGUGGACCUGGCAGCGCGCUACGAGUGUGCCGCUGUAAUCCUGCACUCUCCUCUCAUGUCCGGGCUGCGAGUGGCCUUCCCAGACACACGCAAGACCUACUGCUUUGACGCCUUCCCCAGCAUCGACAAGGUGUCCAAAGUGGCAUCGCCUGUGUUAGUGAUCCACGGCACGGAGGACGAGGUGAUCGAUUUCUCACACGGCUUGGCCAUGUAUGAGCGCUGCCCGCGCGCCGUUGAACCGCUGUGGGUGGAGGGUGCUGGCCACAACGACAUCGAGCUCUACGCCCAGUACCUGGAGCGGCUCAAGCAAUUCAUCUCCUUUGAGCUGCCCACCUCCUGAUCUCCUCCAAUAACCUCUUAAUGGGGCUGCUUAUCAAUUGUCUCUAACUUGGCUUCCUCCGUGUUGCUUCCUUUCCUUGAUCUGUGCUGAAAGUGGACUUGUGAAAAUGGAUACCUGAAAUACCAGAGUUCUGGACAGUUGUUUGCUACGCAUGUGCAGAUGUUGGAGAGGAGAUGAGCGGAGGAGGUUAGCAUAGCUGCCCAUUCUCUUUCAUGGAGGGCUGAAACACUUCUGGUUUUCAUACUCUCCUUUUAAUCAGGGACUAAUGCAGACCUGGGACACCAGGUGAGUGCUAAUAACUACCAGGUAGAAACAAAAAACCGACGUGUUUCGGCCCUCCUGGACCGAUAUAGGGCAUCCCGGCUUUAGAGUGUUGAUAUGUAUUUCCCAGAGAUGAACCGGGUCCAGCUAGGCUGAGCCAGGCUAAGGCAUCCCAGGCGCUCAUAUGUCGACAGGCCCCAGGUCUCCUGGACAGGCAGGGCCUGCUCAGUAUUUGCACUUGCUCUUAAAUCUGGAUCUCAAUUUAAUUCUUCUGUCACUCCCUGAGUUUGUCUUGAUUUUUCUGUCUGUAAUUCUGUCUGUCUUUUGAUCCCUGUCAGUGGGGAUGUGAAGAAUUCCUCCUGGGAUCUGUUGAUCUUGUUCUGUUUGGUUUUCUCGCUUCCUCUUUCUUUUUCUUUUAUGCUCAUGAUUGAUUGACUUUGUAUUUUUUUUUUUUUUAUACCUGACAAAGAAAAAUCUGUUUUGCACCUCGGAUACAUGAUUGAUGUUCUUGCUUAUUUGUUUUCUUGGUUCAUUUUGUUCCCAUUCAGGGUUAAUUCAAAACAAAUGCACUUUUACUGUGCAGCUAUUUUCAGGUAAUUCUUAUUUUUUUUCUAUGUUUACUUUUGAUCUUAUUGGCAUUCCAUGUUUUUCUCUAGGUAGGCAAAAACAGAAAUCCUGUUUUGUUUUUCAAGGCCAGUAAGGUUUCCAGUAAGGAAAGCCUCCUGGCCCUAAUGAUUACACUUGACCAUGUAUCCAGUUUAUAAAAGACAAAAAAAAAACAGAACUAUGAUGUACUGUAAUUGAACUUAUGGAGUGGGGUAUGUAUUGUGAAGCAUGGUGCUUGGUUUCAUUGUGGUAACUGAAGAGUCUUCAGGUAGAGAUCAGAAGCCAUUGGUAUGAAAGCUUCCCAGAACCUGAUAUAGGUGGUCUGGACAGGUCUUUCCUGUUCAUUUAACUUUAUGCAUUGUGGUCGAAAAGGCAAGACUGGUCCUAAAUCAUUCAGCUCCCCCCACUCUGUGAGGCAAACCAGUCCUUCAAGACACCCCUCACAAAGUUGUUUGUCCUCCAUGGUAGUUAUUUAAUUGAUUCAUCAGUUUCACUCUACUGGUGUCCCAGGUCAGAAUCAGGCCACCUCCUCAAGUCCUAUAUUUGAACACCUAUAUAAAUCCCAAAUCAGUUUAUAGUCACUACUCCCUUGGCACCCCUGUAGAUAUUAAGAAAAUCAAUGGAUACUAGCUUAAUAAUUUCAUUGCCUUGGGUUUUGGGUGGACUUUGUUUGGACUCAUCGAUUUACUACAAACUCAGUGGCCAGUUUGUUAGGUACACCGGCUAUUGGGUCGACCGUAUCCCCUCCAGAACAGCCUGGAUUAUUCAAGCCAUGAAUUCUACCAAAUGUCAGACAUUCCACAGGAUGUUUGUCUGUACUGACAAAAUGGCAUCACACCGUGGAUGCAGGUUGGUGAUCAGUUGUGGUUUGGAACAGCACGUUUCAUGUUCCUUUGCUUUGAGGUCCGGUGACCACAUAUGCCACUGAAGUUUUCUGCUCCGGGAUUCCUCUACUAGGCAAGGUUUUUUUUUGGAGUGGCGAUCGUGUGCCUACUAAAGCCAAUUCGUCUUGUUUUAAGCUGAGGAGUGAAAACCCAAAGUGCUUGUUUGCUGCGAUUAGCCCGUCUUGUGACAAGGAUAGCCAAGCGGUGCGUUCCGAGUUGUUAUACACUACUGUUGUACUGUGCCCUGUUUGUCUGUCAGCUGGCACAAGUCUUGACGUUCUCCUUCUACCUCUCUCAUCAGCUGAUUUUGCCCACAGGACUGCCACUGACUCAACGUUUUUUUCCUGUUUGUCGCCAUCCUCGGUGUACCCUGGAAACUGUCACGCAUGAGAAGCCCAGGCGCCUGGCACGGUCUGCUGGACUACGCUCAGAGUUGCUUGUCUCACUAGGUUUUGCCCAUUCUGACCUUUAACCAAAAAGUAACUGAACGCUUCUGCCUGCCUCGUGACUCAUUGUCUGUAGGAGUCGUCCAUUUUUGUUGUGUACCUAAUGAACUGGCCGCUAAAUGUAAAUCCGCAGGUAUGCUUUGCAUGUUCGAGCUGAUUUGGCAUUCGGCACUAGUGUAUUCCAUCAGUGAUGUUUGACACAGUUUGUUUGCCCAUUGAAGAAAGUUGGUGAUUUUACAGAAAUACUUUGAGUUGUUUGGGAGUUUGCACUUGUUCGUUUUUAUUUCAACACUACAAAUAAAGCCUUAUGUCUUCUGACAUUUCACCCUAAUGUUCCCGUUGAGUCGAGUCAGGGCGUCUCAUGUGUGGGGUCACUGGCUGCUGUCUGUUGCCGCCGGAUUGGUUGGAGGGAUCUGUCAAUCACUGUGAAAACGUAUAGACAUUUUUGGGGUAAUACUGAAAUGGUACUUAACCAAAUGCAGUCUAAAUGAGUCUUCACAUGUAGAUAUUUUUUUGAGCCAUCUCAUCCCCAUGUGCAGAUUCUGGCUUCUAGCUCUAUCAUGUUACCCCCACCCCCCAUAUGUACACACACACACACACACACACACACACACACACACACACACACACACACACACACAAUUUGUUUAACUCCAAAGAACUCCGCAAGUGUCACUAAGGCAAAUGUUUUAGAUGAAACAAUGCAUGCGAAGACUUCUGAAGGACAUCUUUAGGGUAGGAACAGAGACUGGUGAAAUGUCUCGAAGUCUUCAGCAAAUGUUCUCGGUGGAUACACACUACACUUGCUCACGUAGUGGCAUUCAUGAAGGAGGAAGUGUAUUGGAAUAUGUUCGUAGUGACUUGUGAUAAUUGUUUUGACUGAUCAUUGUGUUGCUGUGAGGUCAUGGCUGUAUUUUGCGGUCGUGGUUUUGCUUUUCUGUGUGAUGAAUGGAAGAUUCUAGUGUUCUUUUUCAUCACUUGAUACAGGGCCAAUGAAUGAUGCUAAAAGCCCUUUAUCUUACCAUCUUUAGUGUACUCUGCUUAUCUUCUCUUUUUAAACAACAGAGGAAAAGAAACGCUUUAGUCCCAUUUAUUGUUUUGAUACUGACAUUUUUACAAAGUUUUUUCCAGUCCAUGUUGAUAGAUUUACACUGUCUCUUAAUGCUGGUUUGUAAGAUAAUCAUAUGUAAUGUAAUCUAUAUCUCUAUACAUAUAUGAAACAUUGAUUCAAGGGGUAUUCUGGCCUACUUGAUUUUAACACUGGAAUCACUGUAUGCAAAUCUAAUGCAGAAAAAAAAUGUUGGUACAGACAAUGGCUAUUAUUAUAGUAUAAAACUGACUGAAAGAUGAAGCCUUAAAUGUGCCGUGCUACAGAUAAAUGUAAUUCAUGUUGGCUGUGUUGCUGUCAGGCUACACAGUGGACGGUUUAAUGCUUAAUGAAAUAAAGGAUGCAUGGAAUUACGUA